CUCAUUUAUUAGGGUUCUCCCUCCUUUCCCUUUCUUCUCUCCAUAAUACUAAAAUCUUCCCCAUUUCACAUCCAUCAAGUUGAAGCCACUGAUUUUAGUAGGAGUACUGGUAUAUACCAAAGGGCCACCCUGUACUAGCCAUCAAAAGCCCAAGCCAAUAAUUCAGUGGUUGUUAGUUGGAGUUUUGCUAUUAGUCUUCUUUCUGGUGUUGGUUUGUUUAAGUUUGGUUUGAAGAUAUGGAAAUUGAUUUUUACAAAGCCCCAGAUUGAUUUUUUGUGCUAGAAUCCUUGGAUUAUCUUGGCUGAAGAUCAAGAAAAGAGCUUGAAUAGCAGGAUCCAACAUUAGACCCAGAAAAAAUAUUCAGUCAUUUUGUUUUGCCCAUUUUGUUGUUUACGGUCUGAAAUCUUGUGGGUUUUGGAUUUCACCAAGUGGGUUUGAGUUGAUUGUCGGAUUAAAAAUCUGGGACGGGAGACAUGGUGGAUAAAGGGAUUGAACAUUUGGUAUCUGCAAGAAAAUCACUGAAGCUCAGUUUAGAGAAAUCUAAAGCAUUAGGUUUAUCUCUUGAGAAAAUUGGACCUAGAUUAGAUGAGAUUAAUCAGAGAUUACCAUCAUUAGAAGCUGCAGUUAGACCAAUUCGGGCACAGAAGGAUGCUCUUGCUGCUGUUGGAGGUCAUAUAAAUCGAGCUGUGGUCCCUGCCACUGCUGUUCUUAAGGUUUUUGAUGCCAUCCAUGGCCUGGAAAAGUCCUUGUCUGAUCCCCAAUCAGAUCUUCCUGGGUACCUUGGUGUCCUGAAGAGACUUGAGGAGGCAUUGAUGUUUUUGGGGGAAAACUGCGGCAUGGCAAUUCAGUGGUUGGCUGAUAUUGUGGAGUAUUUAGAGGAUCAUAAGGUUGCAGAUAGUAGGUUCAUUUCAAAUUUGAAGAAGGCACUGGAGCAUCUUAGGGAGUUGCAGAUGAAUGAGGAAAGGGGUUGUCUUGAUGGAGGGCUGCUUGAGGCUGCUUUGGACAGGUUAGAGAUUGAAUUUCGGCGGCUUUUGACAGAGAACAGUGUGCCGUUGCCUAUGUCUUCAUCUCCUUUGCCUGGAGAACAAGCCUGCAUUGCACCAUCUCCGCUGCCAGUUGCUGUCAUUCAAAAAUUGCAGGCUAUCCUUGGUAGGUUAAUUGCCAAUAAUAGACUUGAUAAAUGCAUCUCUAUUUAUAUUGAAGUUCGUAGCUCAAAUGUUCGGGCAAGUUUGCAGGCACUUAAUUUGGAUUACCUUGAGAUAUCUGUCUCUGAGUUCAAUGAUGUGUUAAGUAUAGAAGGCCACAUAGCUCAAUGGGGAAAGCAUUUGGAGUUUGCUGUGAAGCACCUGUUCGAGGCAGAGUAUAAACUUUGUAACGAUGUGUUUGAAAGAUUAGGUUUGGAUGUUUGGAUGAGCUGCUUUGCAAAAAUUGCUGCCCAAGCAGGUAUCCUUGCAUUCCUUCAAUUUGGGAAAACUGUUACAGAGAGUAAAAAAGAUCCAAUUAAGCUGUUAAAGCUGUUGGAUAUCUUUGCAUCUUUGAACAAGUUAAGAUUAGAUUUUAACCGGCUCUUUGGUGGAGGAGCCUGUGCUGAAAUCCAAAAUCUGACAAGGGAUCUCAUCAGGAGGGUGAUAGAAGGGGCUUGUGAAAUCUUUUGGGAGCUUUCAGUUCAGGUUGAAUUGCAGAGGCAAGUGCCACCUCCUCCAGAUGGCAGUGUCCCAAAGUUGGUUAUCUUUAUUGCUGAUUAUUGCAACAAGUUGCUUGGAGAUGACUACAAGUCAAUUCUGACUCAAGUUCUGGUGAUUGAAAGAAGUUGGAAGCAUGAGAAAUUCCAGGAGAGGCUUCUCAUUGGGGAGUUGUUGAGUUUAAUGAGAUCUGUUGAGCUGAAUCUGGAUAAGUGGUCAAAAGCUUAUGAGGACGCUGUUUUGUCAAGCAUCUUCUUAAUGAAUAAUCACUGGCAUUUGUACAAGCACCUUAAAGGUACAAAGCUGGGGAGUCUACUGGGAGAUUCUUGGUUAAGAGAACAUGAACAAUAUAAGGAGUACUAUUCUGCUAUAUUUUUGAGAGAGAGCUGGGGAAAACUUCCUUCUUUGUUAAGUAGGGAAGGUCUCAUUUUGUUUUCUGGUGGACGUGCUACUGCUCGUGACCUGGUCAAGAAAAGAUUGAAAGCUUUCAAUGAAGCCUUCGAUGACAUGUAUAAGAAGCAGUCCAACUGGGUUAUAUUGGACAAAGAUUUGCGAGAGAAGACGUGCCAAGUUAUAGUUCAGGCAAUUGUGCCUGUUUAUCGUAGCUACAUGCAGAACUAUGGCCCUUUGGUUGAGCAAGAUGCAAGUGCGAGCAAAUAUGCCAAGUACACUGCUCAAUCUUUGGAGAAAAUGCUCAAUUCUCUGUUUCAGCCAAAGCCUGUGAAGUAUGGGAGUUUCAAAGUUAGGCAAUCUAGUGGGAAAUUCAACAAUGGGGUGACAGAUCAUAGCACUUCUCCUGUGGCAAAAUAAAUUUCAAUUAUGAAUUAGAGAGAUUUCAUGGUUUGCCUGAAUAGAGUUCUCAAGUGUCACCCUUCACAAUUCUAGCCAGGCUUUUAUGCUGUGUAUAUAAAAACGACUACCAAUUGUAUCCAGAUUCCAGCUCGUGUAGAGGAGAUUAGAGUGUGGAUCUGGUCUGGCUGUUUUCCAUACAGGAUUACAUAGUCGGAUACAAAUUGUGAUAGGAUGAAUACUAUGUUCUUCUCCAAGUGCUUUCCUACAUGCUGGUGUUUUCCAGAAUACCACAUGCAUGGAUCACAUGGCUCUCAUUUCAGCUGGUUCCAGAUUUUUGGAAGGCAUUUAUAUUCAUAGCUGGUCCUUGUAUCUUCACUUAUUGAUUCAGCUGCUAGGUUACUAGAGGUACGGCUCCCUGUACUCUAAUAGCUGCCUGUACAAUUGUUAGGUAUAAGUUGCCCCUGAAUCUGCCAAUGGCAAUUGAACUGUCAUUGUCAUAAAUCUGGGAAAAAAGAAAUAUUAGAUUCUCAAAAGAUGUACUGUUCUUUCAUUGACUCAAGUUGCUGCAAAACCUCACUCAUAUUGUAGGGCUCUAUUGGAGAAAUGGUCAGAAUAAAACUAUUUGUGCUUUUUUACUGCCUGCCAACUCUGAUUGCUGAUUGACAUGUAUUUCAUCAUCCUUUUGGAGCGGAUUUAGUAGUCUAUUGCAGUUAUUUACUUGUUUUA